GCUUGACUCCUGUCAUUUUCUGACCAGUGGAUUGUUUUCUUCGUCUGUAACGGGGACAUGUUCUAUGAGCGUUGUUUCUUGUGGAUGUUGGUGCUUCAAGCAUUACCUCUUCUUUUCGUCGCUUAUGAUUCCCUUUUUUUGACUUCUUCAACCAUUUUUCUUUUGGCACAAUCAUUUAUCGCCAAGAAGCUUUUGCCGUACGCACCACAGUUCCAGCGGAAACCCGAAUCAAUAGAAGGAAGGCUGCGACGAGACUCAGGUGUGCGACCCAAGCCCGGUUUCACUUGAAGCAGCAAAAGAAAUACCGAGGGUAUGCUGGCAAUGAGGUGUUGGUAGAUCGAGAUAAGCAUUAUUAGAUACAUACCAAGAACACAAUCGCGCACACGGGGCAAAGCCUCCGGUUCUCGUUUGGCACCAUUCGACAGCCUGCUCAACCACUCUCCGGGGACGGAGUCGCAAUAACAUGGCGCCUCUCCACAGCGAAACCCACCAACUUUAUCGUCGCGAUGCCUCAUCUCCGGCAGAGGUGCCUCUGUGGGCAUUCAUCAUCAUGACGUUAUGGGCACUUGCCCUGAUGGUGUUUAUUGGCUUCAUCUUUUGGCGCCCUGCGUUUUUACUGCGCGAGCUCAACCUUCGGCCGCAGGAGGACAAAUCGGACGAGUGGCGAUAUCUUGAGCCGCUCAACGAUCCGGACCGUCGGCAAUCGCGGAUUCGUCGUGUCUUCAGUAUGCGGUCCAACAUAAACCGGUGGCGCAACGGUGUGCAACCCGGCAGGCAAAGCAUCGCCAUGAGCAUACAAGAAGGGGAGCCAUCGGAUUAUAACUAUGCCCCGGCUUCGGCACGGCCUGUAUCUCAAAUGCAACGGAUUACAGAGGAUGAACAGAUUAACUAUUCUGGGAAAACGCAAGAGUCAGCGCCACCCACAACGCAGAAGAAGGAAAGCGACAAAAAGAACGACGGCCCACCCCUGGAAGAAACACCAAAGCUUCCUAGCAGCUCAGGGCAGGCAUAGAACACAAAACUUGUCAUGUGUUAAGACUCCGCGCAGAUCAUAAUUUGCGUAGUUUCCGAAGCAGUUCAUGUGUUCUCUGUAUUUACCGAGAAGCACCGAAUAUAAAACUGUAACCAUUUACUGUGCAUUCGAAGUCUCAUAGAAAUGAAUAGCCAGCAAGGCGUAAAUGGUAAGCGUUGCCGAAAAAUUGAGUGACGACGAAAAGUCUUCAGCCAGGCACAAAAGCGCCCGCCCUUCUUUGGAUUACGAGAAGUUUGAUCUGGUUUAGUUUGGAUGUUGGUU